CACCGACAACUACAACAAAAAACCAGACCAUGUCUCGGGAGAAUGAAGACCAAAAGAUGGAGGAGACGAACUUUGAGAGACGACAGGAGGGGGAGGGGAACAGCCAUCCAGAUCCACAAAAAGGGGGCAAUUACUGUGAUAUAAGUGGGCAAAAUAAUAGCAAUGCGGACCAUGUCAGAAUUGUCUCAAGUCGUAACAAAGAAGGAGACUCUAAGAAGUCUGAGAAAGACCACAAAACAGAUACAAGCAAACAGAAGAGACGCCAGAAAGGAGACAGCCCUCCUGACAUUCUUCAAGUUGAGGAUGUGCCAACCAGGGCCUGGUUUGUCCUUGGGGCUUCUCUGCCUAUCUUCAUUGUGAUCGUGUGGUACUUCUGGACUCCAUAUGUAUUUAUCCCUGCAGCUAAACUCUUCCAGAAGAUCUACUACUUUUGUUAUGCUCUCUCCAUGGCUGCUACAAGUCCAUGCCCCAAUUGGAUCUGGCCGGAUGAACUGAAAGUGGUCAACAUCACGGACGGGCUAGAUAUCCAGCGAUACGAUGACAUUGACCGGGAAAUGUUCCUGUCUUUAAUGGAUAAAGGAGAACCUUUUGUCCUUUCUGGCAUCAUGAAAGACUGGUCUGCCUUUGAGAAAUACAAUUGUGAUUAUUUCAUCCAAAAUUAUCCUGAUGCAGAAUAUCAUGACUGGCAGGCUGGUGAACAAGUCCCUAUAGGCGACAUCCCCAAGAGGCCAGGCUACAAAGGAUAUGAGUGUGCUGCUGGUUACCUCAGCAUGGAUAUGUGGGAGUCGAGCAGGAAGUACACUUUGGAGUGGCUGAGUCAAUUGGAGACGCCAUCGUUCAUGACAGACUUCUUUGACUUUAAAACAAUGAGAUCAGAUGUGACUGGAUUUAUUGGGACAAUGCACACAGGGGUGUCCCCCCAUCUUGAUGAAAUGUGUAGCUCCCUGGCUACGUUACAGUUUUCUGGAGUGAAAUAUUGGUCUGUCUCGAGACCUGUCAUUGAAGGUGGGAAGUUGGUCUGGAGCAAACCUUAUACCUUCAAAGUCUAUCCUGGCGACAUCAUGAUCUGGUUCAUGGGACAGCGGCACCACACAGAAAUCGUCGAAGGCUGCUCUUUCAGUUUAUCAUUCCAAAUAGACAAACCAGCUCCCAUGACGUACUUCAAAGACCUUCAGCAGACAAUAGCCAAGGCUGGCAUGGAAGAGAGCGACAAAUUUUUUGACGACAUUGGGGCAGCAGAAGUUCGCUAUAUUUAUGGUUGUGAGGUUGUCAAUGAAGGUGCAGACUCAUUUGUUACCCAGAAUGUCAAUCCGUCGAAUAUAGUGUCUUCUGAAGAGGCAACUUUGGGAAAAUGA